AUGGUCAAGAGGGAAGGAAGCAAGCGGGCCCCAGACUGUCAGAGUCAGCAGACCACUUCCGGCGUGGCCGUGGCGGCUAAUGCUACUACGAACCCGUCGCAGCUGCUGCCGUUAGAGCUUGUGGACAAAUGUAUUGGAUCAAGAAUUCACAUUGUUAUGAAGAGUGAUAAGGACAUUGUUGGUACUCUUCUAGGAUUUGAUGACUUUGUCAAUAUGGUACUGGAAGAUGUCACUGAGUUUGAAAUUACACCAGAAGGAAGAAGGAUUACUAAAUUAGAUCAGAUCUUGCUAAAUGGAAAUAAUAUAACAAUGCUGGUUCCUGGAGGAGAAGGAUCUGAAGUAUGAAUGAGUUUCCUUGGCUUACACUAGAUUCUGUUUUGUCUUAUAAUGACAAGAAAAUGGAAUUUCUUUUUGCCUUCUGUUUAAAUCCUAUAAAGCUAAGUUUCCCGUUAAAGGGAAGUGCUUUGAAGAUGUGUACCCAUUUUUGUAAGUUAAUCAUGAUUAUUCUGGAAAAAAGAAGAGUUUCUUCUUUGAAGAUGAAAAUAAAAGUGUUUUUGGUUAAAAAAAAAA